GUUUAUAUGAUCUACGGAAGUUGCUGUUUUGUGUUUGAGCCCAAGUGUGCGGCGAGAGGAUUGCGAUAUAUUCUCCUUAUACGGGUAGGACGGGAAAAGGCAGCUGGGGUCGACUCCGGAGAGGGUGGAGAAGGCCCCAGAGCGGUGGGCAUGUGGGGCGCAUCCACAGCUUUCAGGCCAGCCGCUGAGGACGCAGCGUGGAGGCAGCUUUGCUUCAGGCCCUUAGGCACAAAAAAUGACAACAGCAGCCAGGCCAACUUUUGAACCUGCAAGAGGUGGAAGAGGAAAAGGAGAAGGUGAUUUGAGCCAACUCUCAAAACAGUAUUCAAGUAGGGACCUUCCCUCUCAUACAAAGAUAAAAUACAGACAAACUACUCAGGAUGCCCCUGAAGAGGUUCGUAAUCGUGACUUUAGGAGAGAAUUGGAAGAGAGAGAGAGAGCUGCUGCAAGAGAGAAAAAUAGGGAUCGUCCAACCCGAGAACACACAACCUCCUCCUCAGUGUCAAAGAAGCCUCGGUUAGACCAGAUUCCUGCUGCCAACCUUGAUGCAGAUGAUCCUCUAACAGAUGAGGAAGAUGAAGAUUUUGAGGAGGAGAGUGAUGACGAUGAUACUGCAGCUCUUCUUGCAGAACUGGAAAAAAUUAAAAAGGAAAGAGCUGAAGAGCAGGCCAGGAAGGAACAAGAACAAAAAGCUGAAGAGGAAAGGAUUCGUAUGGAAAACAUUCUUAGUGGAAAUCCUCUCCUUAAUCUCACUGGCCCAUCCCAGCCGCAGGCCAACUUCAAAGUUAAAAGAAGGUGGGAUGAUGAUGUUGUCUUCAAGAAUUGUGCAAAAGGUGUAGAUGAUCAGAAGAAAGACAAAAGAUUUGUAAAUGAUACACUGCGAUCUGAAUUUCACAAAAAGUUCAUGGAGAAAUAUAUUAAGUAGUACAGUUUUAUGUGCUUAAUUAAAUUCUGUAAAAUGUUGAGGAUUGGUUUGAUUUUUUUUUAUCCUUCCCACCAUCUAAAUGGUGUAUAGGCUUCCCUAAUUUUAAGCUCCAAAAUAUGUUGUCCUUUGAUGAUGUAUUAUGUGAUAAUGGACAUGGGAAUAGGUUCAACACAGUUUCCAUUCCCUGACUGUUUCUGGUCACGUGUUUGUUUUUAAUAUUGGGAGAAGAAAUCUGUCUGCAGUUAAUAUUUUUAAUCUAACUAGGUCUGGGUAUCUAACUUUUUCUUGUAAUUUAUGCAGCAUGUAAAAUGUUGCAUAAUUUCUUUUCAAAAGAAAAAAUAUCUUUGUGUGUUUGUUUUUUUAAUGUAGUAUAUUUUCCCCUUUAUUUCUUACAUUGAUUUAAGUUUAGUUAAUUCAUAAUAUUUUCACUGUGUGUUUUUUAAGAGUACAAUAAAAGGCUAAAGGGGUCA